AGAGCUUGUUUGGGAAGUUGAGCCGAACAGGCUUUCCAAUUUGAAUUUCCAUAUGCGCACGUAUGCACAUGCGCACGUAACGUGCUAAAUGCGGCCCGUCUCCCGCUACCCCACUUUUACUCUUUUCUAAAACAACCUCCUAACCUCUCCAACAUUCGAAACCCCAGCAGCAACAACAACAAACUCGACAAUAUGGCCUUUAGCUUGCCCAUUUCAACAGCUAAAGAACACGAUGAUAAACGACCGCCUCCCCGCAAAGCAUCUACAUCAUCUCGACGUCCACACAAAUCGCUUACGCCAGAAACUUCUUUCGUCUUCGUGAACCUUCAAGGCGAGAGAACUCGACAUAAACCAAAUUCGAAGGAGAUUCGGAGUCACGUCCAGCUGGUCACACAGGAGAAGAGGCGACGCCGUCAACAAAAAGAGUCAAACGCUGUUACCAAAGAUGGGUCGGUUGUACCUAGUUAUGCUCCGAUCCGGGGAGUAAGCUGGGACCAGGCUGAUCCAUUUGACUGCUUGCCCGCGGAGGGGUCUCCUGCUCUUCGGGAAAUCAUCAAAUACUAUAGUCUGGCGAUAAGUGGAAGCCAAAUCGCUCGAAAAAACCUGAAUUGGGACAACACAAUGUGGAAUCUGCUACGCCAUGAUCAGUUAUCAUUUGUCGUCUUUCUUUUCGGGACGACCUUGGUCCGAGACACAAUCGAAGGGGAAGGAAUGAGCCGACAAUGCUACUCAUACAUACACCGGACUAUGCAGGCUGUUCGAACGAAAUUGCCAGAUAUAACAGAUGCUAGCUCGAUAACGGAUAGCUUUGUAGUGGUUGUCGCAGGGUUGACUUGCGCCACUGCCGCAUAUGGAGACUAUAAUGCAUCAAAAUCCCAUCUACUCGGCAUGCUUACCCUCGUUGCUACUCGAGGAGGGCUUAGAACUUUCGGACGAUUCGCCCAAAGAACCAUCUUAUGGUGCGAAUUUAACAUACGCGCGGCGCUAGUAUCCAUGCCUGCACUCCGCCCUAUUGCCUCAACAUCUGUUCUAUUUCCACCCAACCUUGAAGAGCGUGUCGAUUACCUGCAUCAACAAACCUUGACCCAUUUUCCUGGACUUGUGGGAAGCGAACUCGGCAUCAUUUUUCGACAGCUACACCUAUUGAGCGUUGCUAUAAGUCCACCAUGGGAUGUUGUCGUUGAUAGGGCAGCCGUCAGUGACACUAUCGACGAAACCGAGUACUGUUUGCUUCGAGAGCUUGUUCGCUUGAAGAACGAGCGCGAGCAGAGGGGAUUUACAGAUUGGAUCUACUCAACGGUUGCGCACGUGGCUCAGAUGUACGUUUGGGGGGUUGUAAGCGAUGUGAAGGCCGAGAUGACAAUGAAACGUGAGUUCACCGUUGAACUACGAGACCGCCUAAAUGUCAAGGAUCUUCGAGAGACAUGGAGCCAAUCCGCAUCCCUACAAACACUCUUCUGGGUGCUCUCAGUAGGGUUGUUCCUGGCCUCGAGAUACAGAAACUGCUCCGAUAUGAUUGGUUGGUUUGAAAACCAGAUCGCUGAGCUCCGAAACGACAAUGACCCGUAUUUAAAAUUGAUCAAAGACUUUCCCGGCACCGAAGACUUUUACCGAGAGCAGUCGAGGUUGAUUGAGAGCCAAGGAGCCAUCGGUCGUAUUACAGAAGCGUUUGGUUUGUAGGAUACCCCUUUGUAAAAGCAGUGGCAUAUGUAAGUAAUUUGUAUAAAACAACUACUUUCAACUGAACGCAACAAAGGACUGACACAAAACAGGCUUCUAGGUUUCUUUCAAACAAUCAGUAGAUUCUCAA